UAGCCAGCGGACGCCAUCUUGAAAUCGUCCCGACCAGAGGAGACGGAUUUAGGAGGAAAAAGCAGCUCGUCCUGAACUCAUUAACUACACGGAUUACCGCCUGCUAUCUCACGGUAGUAUUUCCACUCGUUCUUUUAACUCGUCUCAACAUCGGGGACGGUUGUUCGCCCACUUUGGAGGGGAAUAUAACACCGAGCCACCGAGGCACCGAACCACCGGGCCGAGGAGGAGAGGGGAGGCGGGGGGAGGAGCCUCCUGGAGCGGACGCAGCUUGUGUUUUGUGGCCGGUGCAGCCGAAGCUAAAUGUGGAGCUAAUUCCUCUAUCCCACGGAAUAUACCCUAACAAAAUAAACUUUACAAGGAAGGAAGAAGAUUUUUUUUAUUACUAUUAUCAUUCUGCAGCUAUGCGACGGAGCUCAGAAGUUUGAUUUUUGGAGAGAGAGCGCUUGAUUUCCAGUCCGAUGGAUGUUAGCCCAACCCGGCUGUGGCUCGGCUCCGUGCGCCGCUCUUUAGUGGUGGAAAUAUAAACAAUAAAUAAAUAAGUAAAGAAGAAUAAACGAGGUUUAAAACGUCCGAACAGGCUCCAGGUGGUGAACAUUCACAACAAUGCUCCAGACCUGGCCCCUUUGCCUACAAGUCGUCCUCCAUUGCUUGGCUUUAAACCUGGAAAUACCACCUACUCCCAUCCUCUCUUCAUCCUCAUCCUCUUCCUCAAUCCUCCUUCUUCUUUUCAUGGACUAGUCACACUCACGUCACCUGGAGUAUUUUUGGAUUAUAAGAUUUUUUUUUUUUUUGUUGUUUUUUGUUUUGUGGAAACAUGCAUUUCCUGCAGAGACAGUGCUGUUUGCAGCAGCAGGACUCGUAAUCACAUUUUGAUCCUUUUAUUUUUGUUGUUGUUCUUAUUUUUAAACUGCUCUUUUGAAUUCCUUUUUUUUUUUCCUGGUGAGAGGAUCAGAUUCGGAUGGAAAAUGGGAGACGCCACCAAACUGGCCUUCGCCGUUUUCCUCAUCUCCUGCUCUUCAGGUGCCAUCUUGGGACGCUCGGAGACGCAGGAGUGCGCCUACUACAACUCGAGCUGGGAGAAGGAGCGGACGAAUCGCAGCGGCAUCGAGCCGUGCUACGGCGAGAAAGACAAGCGGCGGCACUGCUUCGCCACGUGGAAAAACGUCUCGGGGAGCGUGGAGAUCGUCAAGCAAGGCUGCUGGCUGGACGACAUGAACUGCUACGACAGUAACGAGUGCGUGGAGAAGAAGGAGAGUCCCGACGUUUUCUUCUGCUGCUGCGAAGGGAACAUGUGCAACGAGAGGUUCCUGUACGCCCCUGAAUCGUCCUCUCAGAGCGAAACGCACCAUUCGACCGCCUACACCACCUCCAACCCGUUUCCCCAGAAGCCCCAGCUCUUCAGCACCCUGCUCUACUCCCUGGUUCCCAUCAUAUGCCUGGCCGUCGUCGUCCUCUUCUCGUUCUGGAUGUGGAGGCAUCACAAGCUGGCCUACCCCCCUGCCCUCGUCCCCACACAUGAUCCCGGACCCUCGCCCCCGUCCCCGGUUCUAGGACAAAUCCCCCUGCAGCUGAUCGAGGUGAAAGCCAGGGGGCGCUUCGGCUGCGUGUGGAAAGCUCAGCUGCUGAACGACUACGUGGCCGUGAAGAUCUUCCCCAUUCAGGACAAGCUGUCCUGGCAGAACGAGUACGAGAUCUACAGCGUGUGCGGCAUGAAGCACGACAGCAUCCUGCACUUCAUCGGCGUCGAGAAGAGGAACAACAACCUGGACCUGGAGCUGUGGCUCAUCACGGCCUACCACGACAAGGGCUCCCUGACCGACUACCUGAAGGCCAACGUGGUGUCGUGGAACGAGCUGUGUCACAUCGCUCAGACGGCGGCUCGAGGCCUGGCCUACCUGCACGAAGACAUCCCGGGACACAAGGACGGCCACAAGCCCUCCAUCGCUCACAGGGACAUAAAGAGUAAGAAUGUGUUGUUGAAGACCAACCUGACGGCCUGUAUCGCAGACUUUGGCCUCGCUCUGAAGUUUGAGGCUGGGAAGUCUGCAGGAGACACUCAUGGCCAGGUGGGAACCCGGCGCUACAUGGCGCCCGAGGUGCUGGAGGGAGCCAUCAACUUCCAGAGGGACUCGUUCCUGCGCAUCGACAUGUACGCGUUCGGCCUGGUGCUGUGGGAGCUGGCGGCGCGAUGCACGGCCGCAGACGGCCCCGUGGACGAGUACAUGCUGCCCUUUGAGGAGGAGGUGGGACAGCACCCGUCUCUGGAGGACAUGCAGGAGGUGGUGGUUCACAAGAAGCUGAGGCCCUGUCUCAGAGACUGCUGGCAGAAACACACCGGCCUGGCGAUGCUGUGUGAGACCAUAGAGGACUGCUGGGACCAUGAGGCUGAGGCUCGUCUCUCCGCCGGCUGCGUCGAGGAGCGAAUCGGGCAGAUGCAGCGCCAGGCGCCCGCCAUCGGCCCCGAGGAGAUCGUCACCGUCGUCACCAUGGUGACAAACGUGGACCUCCCCCCCAAGGAGUCCAGCUUAUGAUCGGCCAAUCGACUCGCAGGAAGGAAGAAAAAAAAAAAAAAAAAAAAAAAUGGCCGACCCUGGUUGGUUGGCGCCGUUGUCGUCGUCUAAUUUUUUUUGUCUUUUCUCUCUUUCAUUUUGAGUUUUUUGGUUUAGUUUUGUUCCUUUAAGUGCGGGCCGCUACUUCAGGAAACACCCUGCGCCCCCCCCCAGCCUCACCCAGCCUCACCCAGCCCCACCUCACCCCCCCCAACCUCACCCCCCCCUCACCGCAUCACUCGAUGAAAUCCACCUCAUUUUGAUAUUAUGUGUGCCUGAGGAAUUUUUUAAACAACAUUUUAAAAACGGGUCCCGAUCCCGCGCAGAUGACGAUGAUUCAGGACGACGACGACGACACUCAACACUUUUAUCAUGUAUUGGUUUUAUACACACACACACACACACACACACACACACAUAUAUAUAUAUUUAAAUAUAUGUGUGUAUUUAAAUAUAUAUAUACACUAUAUAUAUAUAUAUAUAUAUAUAUAUAAAUGUGUAGGCGGGCGACCUGAGAACAAGAGGAGACGGGAAAAAUUACACAAAACUUUCAUUUUAGUGUAAAAAAACAAAAACAAAAAAAAGGACAAUGAACACAUUUGCUGUUUUUUCUUUUUUUUUUUUUUCUUGUGUGCAUUUUAUUAUUUUUAUUCUUAUUUUUUUUUUGAAGACUAUCGUUCUGCCAAUAAGCAACGGCUUCUGAAUGUUUAUAGUGUAAUGCUGCUGUACAUAGUGUAUUAUGGACCCAGACAACUUGGUAAUCAAGCUUAUUUUAAAGGGGGGAGGGGGUGGGAGACGUGGGGGAGGGAGGGGGGGGGGGGGGGUCCAUUUUCAAGCAUUACGACGAGAAAAAAAAAAAAAAAACAACGGAAAAACUAAAAAAAAAAGAAAGAAACCAUAAACCUCCUUCAACCAGGUAUACCUCAGUUCAGAUGGACACAGUUUAAUUAAAUUAGUCCCUGUUCCCUGUUUACGGUCGUAGUUCACACUUCUCUCCCCGACUCCUCGUCCCGAUCGCGGGCGAAGACGUCGGAUAUAAAAAAAAAAAACGCCUCGACGCACACGACGUGGCCAUCGCCCGGUUUCCCCCUCCCCUCUCUCCGUCUGAUUUAUUUUUAUUUUUCUUGUUUUUAUUCUUCUCUCUUCGCUGAUAAAAGCGGGAUUUUAAAAAAAAAAAGAAAAGAAACAACCUUCCCCCCCCAAAUAAUGAUAAUAAUAAUUAUAAUGAUGAUGAUGAUGAAGAAGAAGUUGUCGUUUAUUAUAUUUUAUUUUAUUUUUUUUCUGGUUUGCCGUGUCAACUUGUCGACAGGGGGGUAAAUAUCUUUAAUUUGUUUUUGGUCAUGAGAUCUGGAUAUUAUGAAUUUAUAUAUCUCUCUCUUGUGAAAUCAGUUAUGUGUUGUCUUGAUUCUAUUUAGAAACUUUGUUUUUAGGACAAUUUCCAGGUGUUACCCCCUAACUUUGGAUUAUUUUUUUUUCUUUUUUAUUAUUAUUAUUUUUGAGCCAGCUUGCGUUUGAUUUGAUUGCACACACAUCUGGAUUACUAUCAAAGAGUUUCUGCUCUAUCUCUGUCUCUUUUGAUACACCUCAGGAAUAUUUGCCACAUCCUCCACUACAUCCUCAUCCUCACUUGAACCCGGAGCGCCACCUCCCGUCUCCACCGUCUCUUUCUGUCUUUUCUCUUCACUUUAAGUUAACACUAAUCCCGGUGGUAAAUUCAAACCUGGUUGUUCUUGUUAGCUGCCAUCUCUGGACAUCUAGUCUCCGAAAAAUGAUUGAAGGGCGUCUGGACUUGUCGGGUUCCUGGUUCUAAAAGACCGGUGGUGUCCAGGAAGAGAUUAACCUGGGUCUAAAGAGGGGUGGUUGCUGGAUGUAACCCCAGUUCUACGAGUGUAUACCCUUUAGCUUAAACCUCCCAGACUCCACUCAUGUGAGUUUCAAGUUGGCGCCGCCCACAAAUGUCUUCUAAUAGAAGCUGAAACUUCCCACCAGUCAUUUAAAGAGUGAUAGUUACUGGAUGUAACCCCAGUUCUGUGAACCUGUGCAGGUUCAGACUCCACUCAUGUGGGUUUCAAGUCGGCGCCGCCCACAAAUGUCUUCUAAAGAGUGGUAGUUACUGGAUGUAACCCAAGUUUUAUGAGUGUAUACCCUUUAGCUAAACCUGUGCAGGUUCAGACUCCGCUCAGGUGAGUUUCAAAUUGGCACCGCCCACAAAUGUCUUCUAAUAGAAGCUGAAACUUCCCACGGAUCAUUUAUAGAGUGAUAGUUACUGGAUGUAACCCAAGUUCUAUGAGUAUAUACCCUUUAGCUAAACCUGUGCAGGUUCAGACUCCAGUCAAGUUGGCAUCACCGACAAAAUUUUCUUCUCAUAGAAGCUUAAACUUCCCACUAGUCAUUUAGCCACUUCUACAACUCCAGUUUAGAAAGAAAUCACUGAAACAAGCUCAACCAGACUUAUCGGGUUUGGUUUCUGGUUCUGAAAGACCAGUUGGGUUUUAAUUGUAACGUCUGCUGGUGGCGUCCAUCAGAAGCUAACGUGACUAGUGUCUAUUUGGACGUUGGACGACGUUUGGUGCAGAUUAACCUGGGCGUAAAGAGUGGUGGUUACCAGAUGUAACCCCAGUUCUAAGAGUAUAUACCCUUUAUCUAAACCUAUAGACUGGAGUCAAGUUAACACCACCAGUCAUUUAGACCUGGAGGAGCCACAUCUACAAGUCCAGUGUGCCAAGAAAUCAUUGAAACAAGGUCAACUGGACUUAUCGGGUUUCUUCAAAAAAAAAAAAAACAUUGUGGCACUAGAUCUACAGAAGCUACUUGGAUGAAAAGUCUUCACUAAACCCUACAAGUCCAAGUUCCUUUGUUUUUAUUUAUUUUUUAAAUUGUUUUCUGGAUAUAUACGCUGAGCUGGACGGGAAUGGGAACCUUCAGCCAUCAGCGGUUUAAGCAAUCUACUUUUCUUUUUCUUUUUUUUUUAGCGUGUCCGUUUUGAGGCUUUCUUUGUGGUGGAACUUUUACCAACUCGCUUAGCUCUAGGUUUAACUAUUUUCCCACAAUGCACAGGGGUUAAAAGACUUUUUUAUUAUUUUUUUUUUUUAACCCGCCAACACUAACCAACCAACAAUCUCCCUCUUUCAUCCUGGUGCCAUUUCGACGCAUCCAUGAUAGUUAACUCUUGUAGAUGUCAGGCAAAACGGAUGUAUCUGCCCACGUUGUUAAAGACAACAACGGCGGCAGUGUUUUCUUUUUUUUUUUUGGUUUUAUUUUUAGUCUUUUAUUUCCUUCUGAGGGACGUUAAACACUGGUGCCGGCAGACCUGCAGUCUCUCCUCAAGCUUUGGGACGGUUUCACCGGACGCAGUUUGAACCGAAAAGGAACUUUUCAGGAGAAUACGCAAUUGUACACAAAACUCCCCCCGAAACUGAAGUUAUUUUUGACCAAAUUGAACGCCAACGAAAAGGAAACAGGAACUAGCAGAGUGGAGAAGGUACCAUGUCCGUAUUAGCUUGAGAUUUGGUUAUUAUUUUUAGCGCACAAUAUCGCAACAACGCAGCAAACCUGAAGGAAGUUUAAGCCAUCGUCUUGUUCUUUGCUUACUUGUAGCACGAGUACAAUAUGUGCAUUGAUAUCGCUUCCUUACGCCGCCGCCGCCGUUCAGUCAGGGAACGAUCAAGUUAUCGCAAAACCCCAGCAAACCCUUCAAUAAGUACUACCUCACUCGCAGGGAUUUCUUUUGGGGGCUAGAGUAGGAGUGUGGCAAAUAAACCAAAACCAGAACCAGGUUCCUGCAGCAGUAAAGUCCCACGUUCUUGAAAAUUAAAGCUUAACAGAAGUUUCCUGGUCAUAAAUACUAAAUACUGACCGACACAGACGUAAAGAACCAGUAUUACCCCCUUUUUUUUGUCCCAAAUGUUUGUGUCCUCAGAUUUACUCAUCAGUAUUUCAGCCGCCAACUGGAUUUACUUUUUAUUUGAGCCUCCAAUCGUUGGUUGGUCACCUGCCAAAGUGGCCGACAAACCAAUCCGCCACAGCUACGACGACUUGGUAGCAUUUGGUUUUAUCGGUCACGUCUAAUCAUCCAGUGUUGGGAGUUUAAACUGCGCUCGGGAAACCGACCCCAAACCGACAAAUACCAUUCAGGGAUUCAGUACUAUGCUUUUCUAAGUUCUAGCGAGUUAUAUGCAACCAGUGCCGCAAACUACCCUACACCUCUGUAGGACCAGCUGCAGGAGUGACUUUCAAUACACAAACAAACAAACACAAAUAACUUGUAGCAUUUUAAUUUUUCUUUUCUUUUCUUUUUUUUUUUUGUUUUUUUUUUUGUUUUUCUGGAAAAUCCGUGACCUUGCAUAUUGAUAUGUUGUAUUUAUUUUUUAAUUUACUGGCCUGAGGUUUUUUCGGGGAUCAGAGCUCAGGUGCAACUCAGAAUAACGUUGUAAGAGUUGGCACGGUUUAUGGUUGUCGGGGAGGGGAGGGGAGGGGAGGGUGGGCGUUCAGUUGUAAUUCAGGAAAAUAGUUUUAAUUGAAAAAAAAAAGAAAAGAAAAGAUAUAAACUGUAACAUGCUUUUUUUUUCUAUUCAGUCUGUGGACAAAAAACGACCGAGAAUGAAUGUUUCUUCAGAGACCUGGGUUCCAGUGUUGUGUUGACGGAUUGAGCCCGGCCCCGUGUACCUUUAGAGGGCUUUGCGUUAUGGCUGGUUUCGUGUGAUUGUGCCGUGUCCUGUAGAAACUGGUAAAAAAAAAAUAUAUAUAUAUAUAUAAAUUGAAAAAACAACCAACAACAAACAAGCGCAUUUGGAAACCAAUUCGUACAGGAGCUAGCGCGGCGUUGGGACGACGCCAACGGAGUCCGAUUGUACCGAAAAAAAACGCAACCUAGCUCCGUUCUUCUUCAUCGAAGCUCAAACAAAACACUAAAUUGGAGGCGGCCAUUUUUUGUCAAUCUUUAAGCAUCCCCGAGACGUACGAAUGGGUUUCCUCAAUGCGUUGACUUUACGGUUUUCUACCACUGGACUUCCUCCGGCCCAGCACCUCACAUUGCUGUGCAUAUAAACUAACAGUGAAACAUUUGUGUCUUGUUGCCCCGCCCCCCUCCCCCCUCUUACCACCACUAUUUUAAACCGUCUAGGAUCUGUACAGACAUGAGAACAUAAAUACCUGUAUCAACUAUAUACUCUGAAUCUUUAUAAGUGCGUGUUGAACUUCAGUGUUUCCUCGACAUUCAUCUAUACUUUAUAUUUUAUUUUAUUUUUUUUUUUUUCUAAAUCCCUUUCACUUUGCGUAAAGAAUAUCUUUUAAAGUUGAGCUUGUGUUUAAGCUGAAAGCUAGAGGCUCAUUGUAAAAGCACUUAAGGGUUCAUCAGCAGAAGGAGAAGAAGAAUCACACCAGGGCGUUCCUCAGGGCGCCUAUUUGGAUCCCCUAACUUUUUUUUUUUUUUUUUUUUUUUUGUCAAAAACAAAAAAAAACAAAACCUUGAGGCUCUUUAAGAGCAGUUGCAAUACUUCUUUUAUGUGAUAAUGCAAUCAUCCACUACAGGUAUUUCAUUCCAGCAUCUCAAUCACCAUCUUUUACCCCCCCCUCCCCUCGCCCACCCCCCACUACGAAUUUUAGAGGAAACAUUGAACUCCAGUGACCUCGCCGCUCAGACUUUUAUCUUUUAAGAUACGUCUUGGUUGCCAGGUCUGACAAUUUCUACGAGAACACUACUUCUUUUUUUUGUUGUUUUUUUGUUUUGACCCUACAUUUCUGGAUGCUCUCGAGUUGCAGCGCUAAUCCAGGAUCUGACAACGAACUCUGUACUGGUGACGGGGGGGAGGGAGGGAGGGAGGGAGGGAGGGAGGGAGGGGGGGAGAAACUAAUCCAUGUGGGAAACGAAAAAAAAAGAAAAUGUUUCUUUACUCCUGAUAUAUGUGACUACUAUUAUGUUUUUAUGAUGUUACUGAGGAAAAAAAAUAAAUGUGAAAAUAGAAAUUUUAAGGUCGGGGAAUUUCAAACUGGAAACUGUAAAGCAUCCCGCUGUUUUUUUUUUUGUUUUUUGUUUUGUUUUUUCUCUUGUUUCUGUUUUGACCUCCCGGAGAAUCAUUAGCGAAAGGAGGAAGUAUUAAAGCAGACAUUUAAAAAGAGGAGGCAGAAAAAAAAAAGAAAUAACUGGAUCCCUGAUCAGCGCUGCGACUCUGGGCUAAUGGUUUUUAUCAGCUGAAGUGACCCACAUGAUGUAAAUAAAUGUGUUUUUAGAUUGUGAA